AUGUCUUCCGAAAACCAAACCCCAGAUCUAGCAUCUGUGAUGAAGAUCUUAGCAGGUCUAACACAAGCUAAAGAUCAACAACAAGCUCAAUCUUCAACACAAACAUCUUCAGCAUUCUCAGCCCCAACACCAGAGAUUAGGUCACAUGGUUCAGCAACUCAACCGCAACAAUGGCCUCAACCUGUGAAUCCUUCAGUAAUGCACCAUCAAUCUCUUCAGUCUCAGCCCGUCAACAACUCAAAGCUCGUUGAUUCAGCUACCAUCAUUGAUUGGAGUGCCGGUCUACGAUGUGUUAUGAAAACGGUGGCUAAACACGAUCAUGUACUUCAGGAGAUCCGAAAGAUGAUCAAAGUGCAACAUGAGCACGAAGAGCAAUGGUGGAGAGGGAGGGAAGCUCUUAUAGAAAAGCAAGCUGCUAGGGAGAAAGGCCAGAAGAAAUUAGAAGAGGUGUUGAAAGCAGUAGGUGGAGCUCCAUCAAGCGGAGCAUCUAACACCAGCCCUGAGGAAUUGGCAAAAGAGCUAGAGACAUUUGAUAUGAAAGUCUACAAAGCCCAGACUCAAAUGGUUCGGGAGAUGAACGGAAAAUUGAGGAAUUUAGGAGUACCAUUCUUUGGGACGAAGAGCGAGUUGGUUAGGGUUUCUGGAAAGGUGGAUGCCACGAAUGGGACGGGAAUGAAUGCAAUGGAGGGGGAUAAAAGCAUGAUUGAUGAGGAUGAUUUGGUGAAGCUGCAAAGGAAGAUGCUUAAUAUCCUGGAAGAUCUUUGUAAUGAUUGA